ACUACUCCCCACGGUCAGACGUCUCCGAGCCCGAGUUGUACCGUGAAUGCAUCGCAGUGACAUCAUAAGGUCGCGCAUCCGUCGACGCAGUCGCAGACUCGAAUGGACCGUGAGAAGAUGCAGCGAGAUAAAACCAGCAACGCCGGCGGGGCUGAAAAGCCCGACCGGGAGGCCGCCAUAAUGUCGAAAUACUACGAUGGAGUAGAAUUUCCCUUCUGUGACGAGUUCUCCAAAUAUGAAAAAAUGGCAAAAAUAGGACAAGGGACCUUUGGGGAGGUGUUCAAGGCAAAACACAGACAGACUGGGAAGAAGGUCGCACUGAAGAAAGUUUUGAUGGAAAACGAGAAAGAAGGGUUCCCAAUCACUGCCCUGAGAGAGAUCAAGAUCCUGCAGCUGCUCAAACAUGAGAAUGUGGUCAAUCUGAUUGAGAUCUGCAGAACCAAAGCUACUCAAUUCAACAGAUACAAAGGCAGCAUCUACUUGGUGUUUGACUUCUGUGAGCAUGACCUGGCUGGCCUGCUGAGCAAUGCUAAUGUAAAGUUCACCUUGGCAGAAAUCAAGAAGGUCAUGCAGAUGUUGCUCAAUGGAUUGUACUACAUCCACAGAAACAAGAUUCUUCACAGGGAUAUGAAAGCAGCCAAUGUGCUCAUCACUAGAGACGGUGUCCUGAAGCUGGCCGACUUUGGUUUGGCUCGAGCCUUCAGUCUGGCUAAAAACAGCCAGGGAAACCGCUACACUAACCGCGUGGUCACACUCUGGUACAGACCUCCAGAGCUGCUGCUGGGUGAGCGAGACUACGGCCCCCCCAUUGACCUGUGGGGAGGGGGCUGCAUAAUGGCAGAGAUGUGGACCAGAAGUCCAAUAAUGCAAGGCAACACUGAGCAGCACCAGCUCACUCUCAUCAGCCAGCUCUGUGGCUCCAUCACUGCUGAGGUGUGGCCUGGCGUGGAUAAAAAGUACGAGCUGUAUCAGAAAAUGGAGCUGCCCAAAGGCCAGAAAAGAAAAGUGAAAGAUCGUCUGAAAGCCUACGUCAAAGACCCGUACGCCCUGGACCUGAUAGAUAAACUCCUGGUCCUGGACCCGGCAACGCGCAUUGACAGUGACGACGCGCUCAACCACGACUUCUUCUGGUCCGACCCCAUGCCGUCAGACCUGAAGAACAUGCUCUCCACCCACAACACGUCCAUGUUUGAAUAUCUGGCUCCACCCAGGCGGAGAGGCCACAUGCCACAGCAACAGCCCAACCAGAACAGAAACCCAGCCACCACCAGUCAGACGGAGUUCGACCGAGUGUUCUAGUGGUUGAAGACAUUAAUGGACAAGUAGUUGGCCUGGUGGGAAUUUGUGUUUAACUUAAAAUGACAACUGAAUUUCCCAGUGUGCCUAGUAUCGAGGAAACUACACAUUCCUUUUCUGGUUGAGGUUUGGUGGACAUUACCUGAAGAUCCCUACAGUUUUUUGUCUGAUGAUCGAUGUGUGAGAACAGCAAGAGGAUGCAUGUUAUCUUGAGUUGACCGGGAACAGGACUGUUAACGUUGCUAUGUUCCAACUCUGUGCUCUUUUUUAUAUUUAAAAAAAAAAAAAAAAAAAAAUUAAUGAAGAGACAUCAACAGCUCAUAGUCUGGGUUCGUUCUCAUGUCAUCUUGACUUAACCAAAGCCUCAGUUUUAAUUUUGAGGGUUUUUGAGUCUGACAUUUUAGUGGCAUUUUGCAUGUACAUGUUUUUAUCAUUUUUUUUUCUUUUUACAAAUAUAGUUGUGUCUUUAUAGGCUGUGGAGUAUUUUUUUUUUUUUCUUAAGUUUUUUUUAAAAACAUUUUUAUGAUAAAGUGAGAAACUUUUAAAGUCGAAAUGAAAAAUGCCUUGUCAGAUCACAUCAUUGUGCACCUGUUUAACAAUAUAAGCUAUGAAAAACAAAACCUGAUUGAAUUUUUUUGUGUUCUCAUACAGCAAUAUCACAUGUUAGUGUGACUGUAUCGUCUUAAGUUUUGGGUAUAGUUUCAUGUUUAAGUGGUAGAAAGGCUGCUUCGGUUUCUGAACUUACCUACUAAUCAAUAUCGGUAUAUCGGUAUUUGGAAAUAUUGUGAUACAGUACAUUAGUUUUUAUGAAGUGAUGUGUGGUUACAAAUGUUGGAACCAACCGACAAUAUUGUGACAUCAGGUAAUCUUAUAGCAGCACAGAGCUAAGAUUCAAUGUGUCAUGACACAGAAGCUACUCGGGGUACCAUUUCAUCUGGACUUCAAACCAUUUUGUAGAGCCAUUGCCUAUGUUGACAUGGUUAAAAUAAAAUGCUUAUUUUCACAGAACUU